CACGAAAUGCUCUAAUUUAUGAUAAGGUACAAUGUAUUUAAAGGACAGGACUAUUAGAUCAAAAAAAACUGAUUGUCUCAGAAAUUCUUUUAAUAGACUUCGUAGUUUUAUACGAAGUUGUUUUUAUACGGAAAGUGAUGAUUUCUAUUAUAAACGAAAGGCGAAUAUUAAUAGAAGAGAUGAAAAAUUUAAUCUUUUAUUAAGGAGAAAGAAUAAAGAGUUUACAUAUAAAAAUAUGGGCGUGAAAGAAAACGACGACCAAACUGAACACGGCAUUUACGACGAAGACAACGAUGAUGACGACGAUGACGUUGGAGAUGAUGGUGAUACUGAUAUUGACGACGAUAAUAAUAAGAUUGAUGAAAAUAUUGAUAAGAACGAAUAUAUUUUAAAAGAAGAUAAAGGUAAUUGGAAAGAACGAGAAAGAGGAAGAGACGGGAAUAAUUAUGAAAUGGAUGUUAAAGAAGGAGCUUCAAAUUCAAUUCAACGAGAAAUUGAAAAUGUUGAUAGUAUGUCUGGUAGUCAAGUAACAGUCUCUGAAAAAAGUUUGAAGUUGCAGCCUACAAAACCAGAUUACGUACCAAAUACAGUUUGGAAAGAUGAAGGAGAGAAGAAUCUACUUGAAAGUCUAAAGGAAAAGGAUUUAAAAGGCAAAGAAAGAUUGGAUAGUACAGAAUUUUACUACCUAAGGCUAAGAAAGAUGUUUUUAAAGAAUUAUGAAAAUAUUGAUCAUCUUUUAACAGAUGGAAAAGAUUUAGAUAUUAUGAAAUUACUUAGUAGAAUAAUUAUAAGAACGGCAAAUAAACUUAAAGAAGCAGGGAAAAAGGGACAUAAGAAAGAUAUGGAAUCCGUUCAAAGUAUUCUAGAUAGACACUUUGAGAAUAAAAAAACAAAAUUACCUGCUAUAAGCUUUGAGAAUUUAUAUGAUCGUUAUUUGACCAAUUACGGCAAAAAGCAAUAUAUUAAGAGACCUAAUGCCUCUACUCAAACCGUCAAAGUUUCAUCAAGACUUCUUGGAAUUAACGAUGGCAUCGAUAGGCCUAAAAAUAGCACAGAAGCGGAAGUUGAGAGAAAAGUUCAAAGCGCUAUGGAUGAAAUUGAAUCGGAUAUAUUUACAGAAACAAAUAUGAAACAUAGAAGAAAAAGAAAGAAGAUUUAUUAAAGUAAAAA